AUGCCUUCCAGUGUAUCCAAUGAGGGAGUUCAAGGGAUGAAUGGUGACCUGAAUGGGUAUCGGUAUCGCUGCGCUCAAGGCCCGGUUUGGGAUUUGAGUUACUUUAGCCACGAGGGGGGUCCGAGAUCCGGCCAGGACCAUGACCCCAAGGCCGAGAAUCCGGGGGUCGCCGCUCGAUGGAGGAAAUGGUACCGUUCCGAAGAAGGUCGGCCUGGUCCUGAAUCUAAAGCACCAGAUCUGGUCAAUGUGGCCGAGCCAAUCCCCAAUCCCGCUUUUAUAACUCCGUCCCCAAGGCAAGCCAAGCCCGAGAACUGGUGA